AUGGGUUACAGCAUCCGGCCGAUAAAGGAGUCAUCUUCGACUGCUGUCCCGGGGGCGUUCCCCGUGCGGGUCAUUGGGAGCACGUUGCUCUACCCGGCUAUUGCAACUAUCCCGCCUCCAGCAUGUCGGACUCAUGAGAUCGGUGGACCACAUGCGUUUGGAAUUGAACAGUCGCACAGUGUUUCGGCCAGUCCCGCGACUGUACCUCUACUCUGCUGCGGACAAGCCGGGCAGGAGGUCCUGGCGCAUAUGGAAGCAGCGAGGAAAGAGGGAUAUCAGGUGGAAGGGACGAUGUUUCAGCGCAGUCCACAUUGUGCGCUGAUUCAAGAGGAUGUCGAACGAUACAGUGGAUCAGUUCAUGUCUUCUGGAGAGAGAGUUGUGUUUUGGGACGUAAUCCCGAGGGGAUAUCCGCUGUGAGCAGGAAGAGUAAAUUGUGA